AUGUCUCUCCCCCGCGCAUUUGGCUGUGACAUGUGCUCCCUAUCGUUCCAUCGACAGCACGAUUUGAAACGCCACGAAAAGACCCAUUCGGGUUCGAAACCCUACACUUGCAAUGGCGGUUGCGGGAAAACCUUUACGAGAAAGGACGCGUUGAAACGUCAUCAGGUUUGGUCCUUCAUCGGCUUUUGGAUGCACUAG